AUGGGGCUGCACUUUCCUCUUUGGUGGUGGCAAAGUUGUGGUGGUGGCAAACAACUUUCUCAAAGUUGUGGUGGUGGAGCCUCCAUGUUUUGGCUAACAAUCCCCUCCGACCUAAGCCGCCUCAAAAGCCUCAAAUACAUGCUCCUAUCACACAACAAGUUGAGCAGGUCGAUCCCUCCUUCUCUGGCCCAGCUCAGCAAACUGGAUGAGCUGAAGCUGGACCGUAACAAGCUCACGGGGAGCAUCCCAGACUCGUUCUGGAAUGCUCCCGUGAGCUUCAAGUCCUUGGACCUGUCGCACAACCAGCUCUCCGGCGGCAUUAACUUGAAGACACAGUUUCCCCACGGCUUGGAGAACUUGUACUUGAGCCAUAAUAAAAUCAGCGGCGCCUUGCCGGAGGGGCUGGCCAAGGCCAAGUCUCUCAUGUAUCUCGAUGUCAGCUACAACCGCCUCUGCGGCCGGAUUCCCACCGGCGGGGUGCUGCAGAAAAUGGACUAUUCAGCUUACUUUCACAAUAAGUGUUUGUGUGGACCACCCUUGCCCAACUGCAAAUGAUUCCUAGCUAGCCUCCAUUUUCUAUCUAUAUCAUAUCUUAAAUAAAAUUUAAUUAUCUUCACAAGUUAUUUGUUUUGCAGAUUUAUGCUACUGAUGUGAAUCGUAUUAAUGGGGAAAUAUUUAAUUUUGUCAAAGUCGACUUAAGUUGAAGAACUGAAAGGAUCAGUCGAGACAUUACAACUAAGUAUGCUUCGUACAGAAACGUUCUUCACGUACAAAUGAAGCACAUGGGAUCCUCUCUCCCACCAGUUUGUGUGUACCAUCGACCAUCGUGUAUAAUUUUUUAAUUAUAUUUUCUUCAAUUUUAAUUUAUUAUGCUUUAAUAUUAUAAAAAGAUAAUUAACAAGGGUUCAC